AUGAAUGCAUCGGAGAAGGCCGCGGGUGUUUCAAUACCUCAAGAAAUUGUGUUCGAGAUCCUCUCCAAACUUCCUGCUAAAACCCUAGUACGAUUAAGGUGCGUUUCAAAACCCUUUUGCGCUCUCAUAGCUGACCAUGGCUUUGGCGUUGUGCAUCGCAGCUUGUCCUUGACCCUUCCCAGUAGGGCGGGCGUUCUCAUCUCUAUCGCGUCUCCCGCCGCCCGUCCCCGUGCAUUUUACACCCUAAAUUUCACCCCCCGCCCCCGGGGAAUGCUCCAAGCCAACCGUGUCGGUUUCCCAGACGCCAAAUCCUUUCUAUGCUCCUCCUCCUCCGACGGCUUGUUUAUUUGUAUGUACAGACCCAAUGGACCCUUCACUGUUUGCAACGUUAGUACGGGACAGCGUAUUUUCCUUCCUAGAUUAAUCCAAUACGAAGAAUGUGAACUACUCAUGGGGUACGAUUCAGAAUCUAAAAGAUACAAGGUUUUGAUGACAGCCUGUCGCGAGAGUAUUUCUAGGGGCGGGCUCAUCCGCUGCGGCUUCGAGUAUAAGCAUUGGGUUUUUACUGUGGGCGUGGAUAAAUCUUGGAGGGAGAUCAACAACUACUGUUCCCGCCCCUUCUUCCCCUUUGAAGGCAAUCGGUACCCUUACUAUUUCAGUACUAAUGUUUAUAUUGACGGCGUUAUCUAUUCCUAUACUGCGUUGACUAAACACAACAUGAUUCCUAGAAACCAUAUAGUAGCAUUUGAAGUUGGGUGUGAGAGUUUUUCUGUUAUAACUUUGCCGGAUAAAGUUUCAUCGUUGUCAUGGUUUUUUCUCAAAAUGUCUGCAUUGCUAGAAGUUGGAGGUCGAUUGGCUAUGGUUCAUGUUAGUGUUCCUGAGCGAGGAGAAGGCCUAUGCUACAUGAAUGUUUGGACUUGGGAGAAAUCUAAAGAAUGUUGGGAGGAGAUUACUAUGACCAUUCCAUUGAAAUGGAGUAGAAUGAUUAACAAUAGUGCUAGAUUGUUGCGUUUUGCUACAAAUCAUGAUGGGGAGAUUGUGUUGUUAUGUAUAUAUAUUAAGAAAUUUUAUAUUUUGGUUUGUAACUUGAGAAGUGAGGCUUGGAGAAAAUUUGAUGUAAGUGGGCUUGAAGACUUUCCACUUGGUAACUCUUUGGAUUUUACUAUGCACAACCUUGUGGACCAUGUGUUUCCCUUGGAGUGA